GUGAAAUUCAGUUCGUCUUAGCCAAGUGAAAGUCAGAGAUACUAUACCUACAAAAUGGUUUGCAAGGGAUGUGGAACAAACUGCCAGUGCUCGGCCCAGAAGUGCGGCGGCAACUGCGCCUGCUAUAAGGAUUGCCAGUGCGUCUGCAAGAACGGACCCAAGGACCAGUGUUGCAGCAACAAAUGAACGAGCCAACUUACUACAUAACUUCCAAACUAACGCUUAACUCCCACUGAGUUGGACGCAAUAAAUAAAGUUUAUGAAGAUUUCGGGCAUUUAAAA